ACACGCCGGACGACAAACUCAUUCCAUCAACCUUCAAAAGCCACCAACCAGGCCAUAAAAUUCUUCAGAUAGCCUCUCUACAAUACCGACACUCUACCGCUCGAUACCCUGAUCCCCAUGUCGCUCGUGGCCGGACCCGGAGUAGGGGGCAAUCAAGCGAGCGGCCAUGACUUACCGCCCGAGCUUGGCUUGGUCAUUGAGAAGCAUGUCAAAUAUAUUCAAAGCCUAGACACUCGAAAGGAUGAGCUCGAUUAUUGGUUGACCGAACAUCUGAGACUGAACGGGGUCUAUUGGGGGCUGACGGCUCUUCAUCUCCUUGGCCAUCCUGAAGCCCUCCCUCGUGACAAGACCAUCGAUUUCAUUUUUGCGUGUUACAACGACGAUGGAGGGUUUGGCGCUGCUCCCGGUCAUGAUUCCCACAUGCUGUAUACUGUGAGCGCCAUUCAGAUCCUUGCUACCAUUGAUGCGUUAUCAGAACUGGAUCAGGGAGAAAGAGGGGGAAAGAUCCGUGUGGCAAGUUACAUUGCAAAGCUCCAGGAUUCAAGUCGUGGUACAUUUGCUGGUGACGAAUGGGGAGAAACAGAUACCCGUUUCUUGUUCACAGCAUUCCUCGGACUCUCCAUUCUCAACAUGAUGCAUCUUGUGGAUAUGGAUAAGGCUGUGUCCCAUAUACAAGCUUGUGCCAAUUUUGAUGGUGGCUUUGGUGUGUCACCUGGGGCCGAAUCUCAUGCCGGCCAGAUAUAUACCUGUGUGGGAGCUCUGACCAUUGCCCGACGCCUGGAUUUGGUCGACGUUGACAGACUCGCUGCAUGGUUGAGCGAAAGACAGCUGCCCCAUGGUGGUCUCAAUGGCCGCCCAGAGAAGCUGGAAGACGUUUGCUACAGUUGGUGGGUCCUCAGUAGCCUCUCCAUGUUGGGAAAGCUGCAUUGGAUCGAUUCUUCUGUACUGACGAAAUUCAUCCUGAGAUGCCAGGAUUCCCAAAAUGGCGGCAUCUCUGAUCGGCCUGGUGACAUGGUGGAUGUCUUCCAUACGGUGUUUGGUAUUGCAGGUUUGAGUUUAUUGAAAUACCCUGGGCUGGUCGAGGUCGAUCCAACGUAUUGUAUGCCUAGAGAUGUGGUGCAGGCGUUGCCAUAUAAUCAGCCUUGACCGCGUCUGCUCACCUCUUGCAAUCUAAUAACCCACUUGAAGACACCCUUGAGAGCUGGGAUACAAUGCAAGAGAAAAGAGAAGUCCAUCAUGAACUAUUUCCGCUUCAUCACGCCACAGUCUUCACAUCUGAGGAAUUAUAGUCAUGAUGGUACAUUAUUCAAGCUUGACAAUGUGAAAAAUUCUC